UUGGUUCAUUCAGAAGGGUUAAGAAAAGGCUAAUCCAAUAGAACUGAUCUACAAUAUCUUAAGACAAUGCUACUUUAGAUUUUUGUACCACUUGAUAUAACUGAAUGCCCUAUUGGACGGAUAUUGUCAUGUGAGCUGUAGAAGCCCAUAGAGAACCGACAGCCAUCAUGCAGAACGACGCAGGUGAAGUUGUGGAUCUGUACAUCCCUCGCAAGUGCUCAUCAACCAACCGCAUCAUUGGUGCCAAGGAUCAUGCCUCAAUUCAGAUCAACUUUGCUGAGGUUGACCCAACCACUGGCCGCAUGACGGGACAGUACAAGACUUACGCCAUCUGUGGCUACAUCAGGCAAAUGGGAGAGUCGGAUGAUUGCCUGAAACGCCUGGCGAUAAAGGAUAAAAUCAUUGAUGGAAAAAUGGAUGCCUAGUGGAAUCCAGAUGCCAUCCAAACCACAAGACCUGCCUGGAAAAUGUUUUGGACAAUAAAAAGUCCAUAUACACAUCA